CAAAAGGAGAGAUUGAGAACAAACCUUGGAGCCCAAAUCCAGCGAGAAUAAAGCAGAAAAGCAGUGUUGGUGUUCAGAGUCAGUGAAGCAACGAAGAUAUGGGUGAGAGAGUGGUGGAGUGGUCGGGUCUUCCAAAGGAACUUUUGGAGAUGAUCGGCAAAAGCCUCGACACCCGUGUCGAUGUUCUCCGAUUUCGCAGCGUCUGUAGCUCCUGGCGUUCCUCUACCCCUCACUCUCACGCUCACUCUCCUCGCUUCCCUCUCAAAUUUCCUUCUCCCUAUAUUGCGCUCGAGUCAGCGUCAAUGUCAAGAACGCCAGUUCAUCUCUGCGAAAGCACUCUCUAUCUUCUUCAACCGCUAAAUCCAUUUCCAACUUCAACUUCUUCUUGUUGUAGCAAGGGCUGGUUGAUCAAUGUCCAAGAGUCAAAUUCGGGCAAAUUGCGUCUUUUAGAUCCGCUCUCCCACCGCUAUAUCGGCUACUUUCCUCUUGAUUACGCGAAGAUGUUGAACUUGGUGAGCUUCCGGAUCGUCGAAUUAAGCAAAGCGUAUACGCUUAGAGAUCAAAUUGUCAUCGGACCGACAUCAAAAAGGGAAAGAAAAUGUAUACUCAGUUACCGAUUUGCUCAUGGCGUGAAAAAAGCAGUGCUGUUCCCGAAUUCAGCAUGGACUAGUGCAGACGAGUGUGUGGUUUUCGUGAUCUUUCACGGCGGGAAAUUGGCUUGCGCAAAAUUUGGGGAUGAGGAAUGGACGUUUGUGGAUGAUGGGAUUCAUGAUGAUAUUAUUGUAUACAAGGGCCAACUCUAUGUUGUGUGUAGAUUAGGAAUAGUUUCACGGAUCGAAUAUCCAUCGUCAAAUUUGGUACAGUUUUCGCCUCGGCUACAUGGUUCCAUUUGCCAUAAGCAUUUGGUGGAGUCGUGUGGAGAUCUUUAUGUUGUUGAUAGACACGCAUAUCUUGGUAGAUUGCAUACAUUUGAUAUCAAAGUGUAUAAGCUGGAUGCAGAGCGAGGUCAAUGGGGUUCGGUGACAAGCUUGGGUGAUCGAGCGUUUGUCUUGGGAACUGCUUCUUCUUUCUCUGUUUCAGCUCAAGAAUUUUUUGGAUAUCAAGGGAAUUGCAUUUACUUCACUGAUUAUCAAAGUAAAAGUUGUGUUUUCAAAUUAAAGGAUCACAGCAUUGGCCGUUUAGCAUUUUUCACGGAGCAUUCUCAUCCAUUCUGUCCUCCCCCAACUUGGCUUAGCCCUACCAAUCCACGUUCUUCUACUUGUUGAAUAGAACCGAAUGGUUAUUUGAAAGGUGUUAAUAAUGCGGGAAAAACAGUAGACGGCAAAGACGAUGGUGUUGCGUACGGUACACCCAAUAGCAGAAGGAGAGACCGGUGCCGACGCCUACAAAAAUGUUGAAUCUUUUUUUUUUUUUGAACAUGUAGGUUUUUAGUUUUUUUUUUUUCAAGCUUAGCCCCUCCUCCUGCUUCUUCUUCUUCUUCUCCUUCCCGUCAAUGUAUAAAAUUGAUGUCUCUAGAAAAAGAGGAAGAAACAGAGAGCUCUGGAAACCCUUCCCGUUACAAACGGAAAAUGUCUAUUUAGACAUUACCUUGUUCGUGUUGGAAAGAAAAUUAUUUUAAGGGAGAACUUUACAAAAAAUG